UGUUCCUGGAGAGUUAUACUCGUAGAUAUAAGCUGGUGAAAAACGGACGUUGUACGCGCUGUAGUUUCUUUUUUUAUAUUUCUUGAAUGCGCGCCGUAAUCGUUAUUGUCGGCGUUUUGAAUCAGCGUUCUGGUGCUUAAUUUUUUUUUCAUUUAUGUAUGUGAAUACAUACAUAUGGAUGUGCUAUGUAUGAGUGGAAAUGUACAUAUGUAUAUUUAAUAACGAGCGUAUACGUUAUAUGCAAAUGCCUGAGCGUGUUUUAUAAAAUAUUUCGUGUGUCCGGCGUUGCCUAGCUUUACAGUGUGGUGCCUCUUUAAAGUUUAUGCAGUUUUUGAAAAUUAUUCAAAAGUUUACAAAACAAAUAUAUCUAUAUGUGGAAAAUUGUGCAUGUGUGGCAGUUGGAAGCGCCAAUACGAGAAAUAGUAUACCUGGAUGUGUGUGCUGACUAAACGCUUUUUUUUAAUGAUUAAAAGUGCAGGCGAAAGUUGGCACAGCAGGCCGCAGACGUGAAAAUUUUAGUGCUUUGUAAAAUGAGAUCGCGAUUGAAAAUUGCAUGAGAUUCUUAAAUGGUGAUACAUUUUUAAACUAAAAGAAAUUCCAAAAUAAUUUUCUAUGAAACAUUAAAUAAAAAAAGAAGACUUUUCCAAACUCAAAACACAAGCAGCUAAAGAGCAUGCCAAGCAAACAACCAACAAGCUGAGAAUAAACAACGUUGUCUGUGGGCAAUUAGGAAAUUUCAAAAGAAAAAAAAAGGUUUGCUCACCAACAAACCGGCUUUCGUGGAUGACACAGCAAGGUGAAUCGAAAGAAUAUAGAGAACGAAUAACAACAAGCAAACGGUGACGUCGAGCACACAUACCAGCUGAGGAGCGGAGAGAUCACCUAGCAAAUAUUGUAUGUAGGAAGCGUAAUCAAUAUCUAAGCAACGCCAACACCAAUACCAGCAAAUAGCUAAAAAAAUUUUUGUGUUUUUUGCAAUUCAGCAUUUCCUUUCAAAUAUUUCGUAACCGACAAUUUGUGUCGCCAUUGAACGCCGCAUACAGAUCGUGUUACAAAAAAACAAAAAAAAACGACGUGACGCAGCGACAAAAAGUAUCUACUAGAAAAGGUAUAAUACAACGAUCAACGUCAUCAAAGCUGAGCUGUAUUUGUGGUGGUAGAGGUGGUGGUGGUGGUGGUUGUGUUAAGCGCGAUCAGUGACUGAAUCACUGACGUUGAUGACGACAGCAAAAGCAACAACAACACCAAUAAAGGCAACAAAGAGCGCAAACAUGAACGACUUAAUGAGGCGCAUCGUACAACCAGUAGCAGCAGCUUCACUACCCCCACCAAAAACACCGUCACAGUCAUCAUCAUCAUCAUCAUCGUUAUUAAGAGCAACAUCAACAACAACACCAAUUACAGCUGCUGUUAAGCCGGGCGAAAAAAAUCAGCAACGCGAGCAGCGGCGCAGCUGGCGUAAAGGCGGCGGCGCUCAAGACGACGACAACAACUCCCACCAUGCUCCGACCACCGGCGGCAGCACCAGUACCACCAGUCAUACUAUUUUUAACAAUAGAAAUAACGACAAUAGUAACCUCUGCAUAUGCUAUCUUCCACCGGUAUUUACAUUUAGCCGGCAACUGGUUUGUAUCGUGCUUCUUCUUCUAGUCUGCGCUGCCGGACGCUGUUGUGGCGGUGGCGUUGGUGUUAGCGAAAGUUUAGCUUUCUCGAAGGUGUCUGCGCUAGCUGCCGCAGCAGAGCAACGCCCAUUGCAGCGAAGGCAUACCACUACUAAGGAUAGCGCCGCCGCCGCUGCGGAUGAUGCGAAUUUGGUUUAUGUGAAUAAAUGUUGUGAAAAAUUUGAAAUUCAUGUGGAUGGCAUUUGCACGCAGGUCAAUGAAAGUGAAUAUUUUCAACCAAUGUUCACCAACUACCAAGGCGUUCAUAAUGUGCCUGUAAAAUUUAAAUUUGUUAUUGGUAUACCAGCUUGUGGCACAAUGCAGACAUGGCCCAUAUAUCAUUACCAAGGUAGUGCCGAUCAGUUGGUACUCUUGGAUGAUGGCAAAUUACGUCACUACACCAAUUCGAAUGAGGAGGAUGAAGAGGAUCUUUAUGAGCAUACCGACUACGAUGCCGAUUUAGAUGAUGAACGGAAGUCACUGUUUCAUGAUUAUACACAGGGACAAUAUUGCAUUGAUAAGGCCAUUUCUUCCACGGGUCAGCAUCGUCAGAUACUCUUUGCGAAUAUCUGUUUAACGAAAAAGGAGAUCAGAUGGUCGGACACAACGUUCCUGUUGCGCAAAGUAAUCAAUCCCAUCUUUCAUGGCAUCUCUUUGAUCGUUUUGUUGCUUAUAUCAAUUAUAUACUUCAUUCUGCCCACUUUACGGUUAGUAACUAUUGAUCUUGUGGGCAACAUAAUCACCACUAUUGCGGUAUGCUUAAUGGCUGGUCAGGCUGCGGAUUUUGUGCGCAUUUUCACAGAGUUCACCAAUCAUGUGAGCUUCAUCGUAGCUGAUAUUAUACUCUACAUCAGCAUGCUGGGCGCCUUCUUUUGGCUCAACAGCUUUGGCUACUACAUUUGGAAAACCUUUCGUUCGCGCAAUGUAUUCUUGCGUGUCACCGAUGGACGCAAAUAUUGCUAUUAUUCGGGGUAUGCUUGGGGGCUCACUGCGUUAAUGGCCGGCUUGGCGGUAUUUGCGCACUUCUUCCUCGACGCCGAGUCGUACAAGCAACAAAAUCUCAUUGGUGAUCAGGAAACAAUCGGUUGGCUAGGCAUGUGGAUAUUUUUUGCGCCUAUCGCCUGUACAAUACUCAUCAAUAUCUUCUUCUAUGUGACCACUUUGAAGUUGAUCAAUCGCAGGAAUGUUUAUGGGCGCAUACAGCACAAGUUGCGCGCAAACUUUAUCAUGUUUUCGUGGAUGCUGCUAAUCAUGUCGAUUGCGUGGCUCUUUUUCGUGCUCUCUUGGCUGCCAUACGAUGGCCUACUCUAUGCGCAUAUACUGGUCAAUGCUGGGCAAGCGCCGCUUUUGUUAUACGUUUGCGUGCUGCGUCAGAAACAUGUUACAUUCCUAUUGAAGAAGUCAUGCUGUUAUAAUGAGCCACCAUCGGCCAACGAUUGGGGCGAUGAAAUGCAUUAUAUGAAUUGUAAUGACUACUGAGAUGAGGCGCGCGUUCGUAACGCGCCGAAUUCACAGCAAACCCUGGCACAGCAACCAGCCGGCAUAUUCCCAGAUGAAAUACCAAUCGUGCCGAGAGUGACUGUAUACAGACACACAUCAGUGUAAGAAAA